UAAGCUUAAAGGGUGAUUGGACAAUUCAUACGGCUACAAUGCAGCUUUAUAGGGUCUAUUUCUUCUUUGCAGUAAAUUCACGAGAAGGAGAUUGACAAAAUCAACUCAAUAAGUCUAAAUUUAUUUAGUUUAUUUGAUUGGAAUAUGAAUUAAUAUUGUAACACAUAAAAUAAUAGCAAAUGAUGGAUAAAAAAAUUAAAAAAUCAUAUAUUAUGAAUCACUGAAACAUAAUACACCAUGCCACCAAGUACCCGCCAGAAAAAUCGUAGCCGUCUUCCUUAGCCGUGGGUAAGAAACUACUCACGGCUAAAUCGUACGACUACACUUUUGUGGCGGGUAAGUUAUUAAAUGUGUUUAAAAUAAUUUUUCAUAUCAUUUUAUAUAAUAUUCGUAUUUUUUACCCUUAAUUUACUACUAUUUCUUCUAUUUAUACACGAAAACCUUUAUUUUUUUAAUUUAUAAGCUUAAAGGGUGAUUGGACAAUUCAUACGGCUAUACAGAUAGGCGAGAAUCGCGGAAGCUUUAUUGGGGGAUGUACACGGCUGUAUCUCAAAUUCACAAGGCAAUUUAAGGGUUGUUUGACCAAGAAGGUUUGAAUUGGGGCCAUUUACAUGUAUAACAAUUACAACUUUUAACCUAGCCGCAUUCCAAUUUGAAUUCACGGCAUCGGUUUAUUUUUUGAGAGAGAGUGAGAGAGAGAGGCAGCCGAGAAAGAGAGAUAGAGGAGAAAGAGCAUCUGGUCCAUUUUUGAGAGAGAGGAGAGCAUUCACGUCUUGCAUACACCGAAGGAGGGCUUGCACGAUUUUUUCAACUUGAAGGCAUAUACCAUGGCUUCUUCUUCAAACGAAAUGGGUUAUCGGAGGCCCGAAACAAUAAAUCGCCCCGGGACGCAGAUCAGUUCUUACUACAAGACCAGUUAUUUGUCCCUUGUACCCGAGCAACUGAGGGAAAUUGGGGGCGACGCACUGGAGACCACGUUCAGGCAGGGUUGCUUUGGACAUUUGUUGGAUUGGGAUCCGGGCAACAGGUGCAACAUGGCAUUGCACCAUAUUGUCUCUCGUUCUUUGCUGGAUUGUGACGAUGUGAUGUGGUUCUACAUCAACGGCAGGAAGGUUGGCCUUGAUCACGCCGCAUUCGCUCUUGUGACCGGAUUGCCAUUUGGGCCACAUCGUUUCGAUCCAACAGCAACCCACAAUUUGAAGAAUUGUGUAGCCUACACACGAGUUUGUGGCGGGCAGCGCUUGUCAGUUCAAGAGUUGGCAAACAUUUUUUUUGAGAGGUGGACGGAGAUUGUCGACCCCGACGGCUCGAUAGCACUGCGUGUGGCCCACCUGUUGGUGCUACACGCAUUUGUUUUGGGCGUGGAUUUGCCACGACCCGUGGAGAUCUGGACGUGGGCUUUGGUGGAGGACUUGUCGGAGUUCUCCACAUUUCCUUGGGGUGCAGCGGCAUAUAAUCGCUUGAACUACAGGAUGAGGAAGAUGUCGAAAGAAUGGAAGUACCACUUCUAUGGGCCUUCUUGGGCUCUAUAUACUUGGGGUCUUGAGGUUGUUCCCGGCUUGGGCAGAGCCGUCGCUAUACAUAAUGCCGGGAUAUUACCUAGAUUCAAGAGGUGGACCUUCAGGAGUAAAAUCAAGGAAGAUUUGCAGCCCCUAUUUGAGUCACCGGAGAACGGGCUUUAUGAGUUGCAGCCCGAACAGCAGGAGGCGACGACGCACUGGUGGCUAUCGGUCGCGAAUGACGGAGAUGUCCAGUUUCCAGGUCCGGGCGUCUUCGGCCAGAGGCAUCCUCGAGCGGACAUGAGUGGUGGGGACCGCUCUGAGGCAUCUAUUCAGAGGGCACCCCGACGUCGCAGUUCAAGGCGCGAAGAUCGGGGAAAGCGGCAGAGACCACAGGUGGUUUCGUCUUCGUCGAGCAGUGGCCAGCGGGAUCAGAGUGGCGGCGACGAUCGCCCCGUGACUUCCGGGCGGAGGUCACAGAGUCAAAGGAGGCCCAGAUACGGGGGAGAGAGCAGUGCUGCUCAUGGGCCUUCUGGUUUGAGCGAGCAGGAGUGGCAGCGCAUGGAACAGAUGGUGCGCGAGAGUGAGGGCCGGGUGGCGAGGCGUGUGGAGGAGGGCCUAUUCACGAGGCUGAAGAAUUGGGCCGAGGAGACCUUUGGGUGUAUGCGUUGUCGAUGCUCGCAUAGCACCGAUGUACGUCAGCCCAUGCCUGCUCCAAGACCUCAAUCGGACAGGCGACGUGAGCCCGAGCCCGAGGCCGAGCUCGAGACCGAGACCGAGCACGAGGAUGCGCCAUCGCAGCAGAGGUCCCCUGCACACGAGUCUCCUGCUAGGGACGCGGGUCACUCCGGCAGUGAUGAUUAUCAAACCCCACCGGGCCCGCAUACUGGUUUUGGUGUGCCCACGACUUUUGGGGCUGGCCUACAGUUGACCCCAUAUCUGGGGCCACGCUACUCGUACACUGAGCAGCCCUCGAGCUCAGCACACCCAUUCGAGCCGCCUCGUUCUUCGCUGCCGAUUCUGGCCGAGGCUGGAUAUUCUCAGGAAGAGAUGGAGCGUUUAUGGCAGCAGUUUAGUGGGGGAGCUUCUGCUUCUGGGGCAACACCUGCCAUUCCCCUCAGUGUUUGUCCACCACCACCAGAGGAUGCGCAACUGCGCCGAAGCUACCGUGAGCGGCAGCCUUCGGCUGCGCUGAGAUCCCCAUACGUUCACAGCAACGAGCCGAAACCCGUCGACAACAAGUAUAUUCAGGGAUUUACUCGUAUGGCGGAGCGUCUCCGUGGUGGGAACUACAGGAAGUUGGUGGUGACAGAGAGUGGGCACCCGAUCAAGAGGCAGUUUUGGGUGACUCUCAUGAACAGGACUAAAGAGCUCGAGCCCGAGCAUGUAGAUGCGUACAUGAUGACGCUGAGGCAUAGGCUGGUGAGCGGUACAGACCUGCUUCAGGACAUCGAUCACAGGAGCCAUAUCAUAUUGGAUGCGGAAUUCUUCGUAAGCAUUAACAUAUUUUGCGUUUAUAAUAAAGUAUUAUUUGAAAUAAUGUUUUUCUUCUUUGCAGACUUAUUUGGAUAGAGAAUACAAUGAGCUUAUGGCGAAUGCGCGCCGUAUGUUUAGCUCUCCUUCAGAGCAGCGUUUUAUAAACUCUGAGGCAAUUGUGAUGGGGUGGCAGCCGCACGCCAAACGUAUGUAUUCAGUGUAUGGCAGGGGUACCUCAUCGAGUCAGGGAGAUUGGAUGGAUGCCAUUGCGGUCAUUGUUCCUGUGUUUGUCCUUCAGCGUUUCGUUAUCUGUAGCAUUGAUAUGCUCACGGGUAAAUGCCGCGUCUUUGAUCCGAACUUGUAUCGGAUCCUGGCACAGGAACGCCACGACAUGCUGCGCGCUCUUGCUCCUUUGGGCCUCCUUUUCUACCGGGUGCUUGAGGUGUCCCUUUGGUUCGAGCGGACACGCAUUGUGGAGAACCCGAGACAGAAUCUCGAAUGGCGUCAGCUCCAGAUCGAGUAUGCCGAUCCUGCCGAGCAGUUCACACAGGCUGACCGAUGGAGCUCUGGUGUUUUCGCGUGCAUGGCUGUAGAGCGUUUGAUCGCAGACUCGCCGAGCCUGUCAUGGGGCAAUGACCAUGUUCAGGAGUAUAGGCACAAGAUAGGCAGUGCCAUCUAUGAGUUCUGCACGACCCCCAAUACACUUUGAUAGUGUAUUUUCAUCCUUAUGACUAUUUUGUUUAACAACAUUUUUAUAUUACAUUCUAGUAUCAUUUUAUCUAUAUUUACUGCCAUGAUGACUUGUGAUGCAUAUAAAACUGUAAGAUAAGAUGAAAAAACUAAUUAGCCGCCACAAAAGUGCAGCCGUGUGGAUUAGCCGUGGCA